AUGUUCGCAUCCCAUUCAGAAUUGGUGGCCCCUUUACCCCAACCCCAAAUGGAAUUCCCAGAUCUUCUAUUUCCCUUCUCACCGCCACCCAUCGAAUUACGGCCUAGCAACAAGACGUACGAAACGCCUGCGCCGCACCUCGCAGGCGUCGUAGACGGCGGAAUGAAUAAAGGAACUGGCUACGAAAUAAUCUCUUCCGGGUUACUCUUCGACUUUCAGAACGGAACACCCGACGCCGCGGGGUCUAGCAGUUGUCAGCACAAAUGCCUGCACACCCUGACGUCGUCUCUAUCCUCCCUCAGAAGCUGGACACGGAGCAACAGGGGCGCGGAUUACUCUGAGAUGGGCGUGGGGGAUGAUGUUCCGUCCAGCUAUGUAGCCAAGGUCGAGGACGUCCUCGCGCUCUUCGAGAAAUCCAUGGCGCAGCUCCGGGUUGCCGAGAACUGUCCGCUAGCCUGCGUACUGUCGCAAGACCUGUCGGUUCUCCUUCUGUUCGUCGUCGAGCAGUUGGCAAACCUGCUGCUAAGCCUCGCCAGAUCCUCCUCCGCCCUGGGAGAUACACCCGUAAAACCGCCUCGCGGAAGCAUUCACCACCACCAGGGACACGACGGUGAUGGUGGUGGUGGUUAUGGUAGUGGUGGUAUCCAGCUCGCGCGAAUCGGAACCUUCGAGAUCACGAACCCGCAGGACCUGCCGAAGAUCACGCAGCAGCAGCUGCAGACCAGGGCCCAGGCGCUCGACGCGUAUAUAUGCAGGUGGAGCGACAAGGUCCGGCACUACGGGCUCGGGAACCUCGAGACCGAUCUUGGGAGGAUUCGGGGGGGCUUGAGCAGGUUGGGUGGGGUUUCUAGAUAAUAAUGCUCACUAGCUAGGUACAGUACCGAGGUAGUGUUUAUCGCUGGCAACAUAUCCUGUUGAUAUAUCUCUAUUAUAUAGAAUACCUACCUAACCUAAGGUACCUAGGUAGACAAUAGAUUCUUAUACUUAGAAGGGAAAGAAAGAGAGAGAGAGAGGAAAGAUGAGAAAAGGAAAGGAAAGGAAAGGAAAGGGGGGCAAAACAGGAUAGCAGGGG